GCCGUAGCAUGCGCGCAGGAGUCGGCGACCUCACGGACCUCGGCGUCCUCGUCGGUAAUGCGCCAGCGUCCGUGCUCAUUGUCGGCGACGGCAACUUCUCCUACACAUGCGCUUUGGCCCGGCACCUACACGCCGAGCGCCAGCGCCGACCGCUGCCUCGCUUGCGCAUCAUCGCCACGUCGCUCGACACGGCGGACGAGCUCGCGCGCAUGUACCCUGGCUCGGCCGCCAAGCUGGCCGAGAUCCGCGACCACAACAUUUCAGUGCUUCACGACUUUAACGCGACCAAGCUCGAAACGUAUGGAGACUUGCUGGGUCCCGAGCCAUUUGACCGCAUCGUGUUCAACUUUCCGCACUACGCCGAGGGCGGCAACAAGCGCAACAAGAUCAACAAGCACCGACAGCUCCUCACGCAGUUCUUCCAGAGCUGCCAUCACGUGCUCGCUCCGCACGGUCAAAUCUGGGUCACCCUCUGCGCGGGCCAAGGCGGCACGCCGGCUGAGACCAUUGUCCGCGCCUUUGGGGACACGUGGCAGGUCGCGCAGUGCGCUGCGAGCGCCAGCUUUCUCCUCUACGACGUCCACGAAGCGCCCGUCGACGCGCUCUUCCAGCUCGGCUACAACAGCGUCGGCCACCGCCUCCAAGAAAAGGCCUUCCGGACGCACGCCGGGCUCACGCACGUGUUUUGCCGCGACACGAUCGGCCACAGCUCGUGCUUUCCGCUCACGUGGUCGCGCGACAUUAGCUUCUGGAUCAACGACGGGUUCUCGGACGCCAAGUUGGCGCCCGUUUUGGACACGGUCUUUGGGCCGCAGGUCGAGGUUUCGUGUCUCAAGAUUGACGAAUAUGUGAGCGACACCGGGCGACGCGCGUACGGCUACCGCCUCACGUUGUCGUCGUCCGUCUUUGCGCUCUCGAAAGACUAUGUCAACGCCAAGUGCGAGGAGAUUGUGGAUCUCCUCGAUACAAAAGUAUGGUAGACGGAUUCGUGAAGGACCACCGCCCGUACGUCGAAGUCGUUUCUGCCCACAGAAAGCACUUGACUAGGUCGUGUAAGACAAAAAGACUUGGGAGUUGCUACGCGUUGCUCCUGGUGGUGUCCUUUCUUGAUCUUGGAGCAAGAAAGCCAGCGCGCUUCCGAGCGCCACGC